AUUUUAUGCAUCAUUUUAGUGACUUUUAUGCAUCAUUUUAGUGACUACACCUUGCAAAAAUUGCCUGAAUACGUGGUGCGGUGGUGGGAAUUGGGAAAUUAUCUUUUGAGCAAGAGAAACUCCAUUUCAUCACUCCUAAAACCCUACUAUUACAAUUUGUCAUCUUCAACCUCAAACCCUUAUUUAUAGCACACAUUUGUUUGAUUAAUUUUCAUCAGAUCUUAAAAACUCGAAGAUGGCAACAAUGGAGGAAUCAGACGUACAUCAAUUGAAGCAAUUCGUAGAUCUCUGCAAAUCCAACCCUUCCAUUCUUUAUGAUCCUUCUCUCUCCUUCUUCCGCGACUACAUCGAAAGUCUUGGAGCGAAGCUUCCGACUUCUUCCUCCGACAAAUCUAAAUACAAUGUUGAGGAAGAGAGUGACGAGGAUGUGGCGGAUGCGAAGCCACAUGUUGAAGAAGUAGAGGAAGAAGAAGAGGAGGAGGAUGAAAUUGUUGAGUCUGAUGUUGAGUUAGAAGGCGAAAUCAUUGAGCCUGAUAAUGAUCCUCCUCAAAAGAUGGGUGACUCUUCUGUUGAAGUCACAGAUGAGAACCGUGAGGCGGCUCAAGACGCAAAAAUGCAGGCAAUGGAAGCAAUUUCUGAAGGUAAGCCAGAGGAAGCAAUUGAGCAUUUGACAUCAGCUAUAACACUCAAUCCGUCAGCUAUUAUGUAUGCUACUAGAGCUAGUGUGUAUGUGAAGAUGAAGAAGCCAAAUGCAGCUAUCCGAGAUGCCACUGCUGCCUUGGAGAUAAAUCCUGAUUCUGCUAAAGGGUUCAAAUCUCGUGGGAUGGCAAGAGCAAUGCUUGGUCAAUGGGCAGAGGCUGCAAAGGAUCUGCAUGUGGCUUCAACGCUCGACUAUGAUGAAGAAAUAAAUGCAGUGCUGAAAAAGGUUGAGCCUAAUGCUCACAGGAUUGAAGAGCACAGGAGGAAAUAUGAUAGGCUUCGCAAGGAAAGAGAAGAAAGAAGGGUUCAGCGCGAAAGACAGCGCAGAAAGGCUAAAGCACAGGCUGCAUAUGAGAAAGCCAAGGAGGAGGAAAAGUCAUCUUCAAGUAGAUCUGGAGGGUUCCCAGGUGGCAUGCCUGGAGGGUUCCCAGGGGGUAUACCUGGAAUGUUCGGUGGUAUGCCCGGAGGGUUCCCAGGUGGCAUGCCUGGAGGGUUCCCAGGAGGCAUGCCUGGAGGUUUUCCAGGUGGCAUGCCCGGAGCGGCCGGAGGCAUGCCUGGAGCUGCUGGAGGCAUGCCUGGGGCGGCUGGAGGUAUGCCUGGUGCUGCUGGAGGCAUGCCCGGGGCGGCUGGAGGUAUGCCUGGCGGUAUGCCGGGAAAUAUCGAUUUCAGCAAAAUACUAAAUGAUCCUGAAUUGAUGGCAGCCUUCAAGGAUCCAGAGGUCAUGGCAGCUCUCCAAGAUGUAAUGAAGAACCCAGCAAAUCUAGCCAAGCACCAAGCAAAUCCCAAGGUGGCCCCCAUAAUAUCUAAGAUGAUGGGCAAGUUUGCUGGUUAAUGGUGAAGAUACAUUUCAUUGAACAUGAUGGCAAAGAAUCAGUGGAGGUACUAAACUUUGGCACCCGUGGCCUUUUUUUAGUUCAUGCACAUUGUUGAGCUUAACUUUUAUUAUAUAUUGCUAGACAGGAGCUAGUUGAAUUGAAUGUCAUACAUUGAUUUAGAACGAAACGUGUAUUUUGAGGUAGAACACAUCUUAAUCUUAUAGGAUGGAUCUAGAGAUUGUUGCCUGCUAAUGUUGCAUAUUGUCAGCAUUAGUUUAUGGUACUUCCCAAAAAAGUUGUGCAGUUGAUUCGGUCAUAUUGUCAUCGUUAUAGUUGUGCUCCAAAUAUUGAAUUAUUAAUAUUGCAAAACUGUUAUAGUUCUGCUUGUAGAAA